UUGGACCCUAUGGCUAUGCAACCGUGUGAAGGAAUUGAAGACAUUCCGGAUCCAUUAAAGUGUGCUGUUUGCCAGGAUACUUAUUCAGAUCCCAAAGUUCUGCCUUGUCUUCACAGCUUCUGUAAAGGGUGCCUAUCAAAGUUGGCAUCAAUAUCUACAUCCAUUAAAUGUCCGUUGUGUCGAAAUGAGCAUACCCUCUCUCCUAAAGGAGUAGACGAGCUAUUACCAAAUACACAAUUAGCUCGUAAAGUAGAAACGUUAUCAAUGACCACAGAGAUAUCAAAAUGCGAUCAGUGUGAGGAAACGAAUGUUGUAAGUUUCUGCACUAAUUGUGAAAGCUUCCUCUGUGAAUUUUGUGAUAAAGCGCAUAAAAAGAUGGGGAUAUUUAAGAGCCAUGUUGUAGUGCUUCCGAAAUUAGUGAAAAAGAAUCCUAAGGUAGAGGGUUUCAUCUGCCCCAAACAUACCUCCGAAUUUUUUUCAGUUUACUGCAUUGACUGCAAGAGUGUCAUUUGUCGUGAUUGUGCAAUUUAUGAUCACAAUGGGCACAAGUUUGAACCAGCUGUGAAUGCUUUGGAUGAAAUUAGAAAAUCACUUGUAUCAUAUUCAAAGCAGCUUAAGACUAAGCUCAAAAUGUUUCGCUCUCAUGCUGAAAAGGUUGCUAAAGUUGAAAAACACAUUACAGUUUAUCCUGACACAAUUAAAUCUUUCAUCACAUCUCAAUUUGAAGAGCUUUAUAAGCUUUUAGAUAAACGUAAAGAAACUCUUUUAGGAGAAAUUGAUAGCCAAUACAAUGGUUUCUCUAAAAUUCUUUGGGUCGAGAAGGACACUGUUGAAACAGGUAUUUGCAAGUUAGAGGCUGGAAUUAAAUUUGCUCAACAACUUGCCAAGAGUGAUGACCAGCUGGAAGUGGCUGUGUUGGGCUCUAAAGCUCUUACAUCAAUGGAGCAGAUCGCUAGAAAAAUGGUGGAUAGAGUGAAAGAGUCCAUGGAGGCGAAGCAGAGGAUUGGGACGAAGAAGGACGAAAGUACCAAUGUACCCAUUUCAUGGUCACUAGCACCGUCACCAUCAAUACACUCGCCAUGCUCAUCACCUCCCGUCGCUCCGUUCGGAGUUGAAGACUGCUCUGAAGAAAUAGAUCUAUGUAUAAUUGAAGAAACUAUAUUAACGUGUGCAGUUUGCCAGGAUACUUAUUCAAAUCCUAGGAUAUUGCCUUGUCUUCACAGCUUCUGUAAAGGAUGUUUGUCGAAGUUGGCAUCAAUAUCUACUUCCGUUAAGUGUCCGUUGUGUCGAAAUGAGCAUACCCUCUCUCCUAAAGGAAUAGACGAGUUACUACCUAACACACAAUUAGCUCGUAAAGUAGAAACAUUAUCAAUGACCACAGAGAUAUCAAAAUGUGAUCAAUGUGAAACAGCAAAUGUUGUAAGUUUUUGUUCUAAAUGUGAAAGUUACCUCUGUGAAUCUUGUGAUGGAGCGCAUAAAAAAAUGUUGGUUUUUAAAAGUCAUGUGCUGGUACUCCCAAAAUUAGCAAAAAAGAACCCUAAAGUGAAGAGUUUCAUGUGUCCCAAGCAUACCUCAGAAGCACUUUCAGUUUACUGUAUUAACUGUAAGAGUGUCAUUUGUCGUGAUUGUGGUUUGUAUGAUCACAAUGGACACAAGUUUAAACCAGCUGUGGAAGCCUCAGAUGAAAUCAGAAAAUCCUUAGUAUCAAAUUCUAAGCAACUUACAACUAAGCUCAAAACAUUUCAUUCCCAUUUUGAGGAGAUUGGCAAAGUUGAAAAACAUGUUACGGUUUAUCCUGACACAAUGAAAAGUUUCAUCAUGUCUCAAUUUGAAGAACUGCACAAGCUCUUAGAUAAACGUAAAGAAGCACUCCUGCAGCAAGUUGAUACACAGUACAAUGGCUUCUCUAAGACACUGUGGGUUGAGAAAGAUAUCAUUGAAACAGGUAUUUGCAAGCUAGAGGCUGGAAUCAAACUUGCUCAACAACUUGCCAAGAGUGAUGACAAACUGGAAGUGGCUGUGUUGGGUACUAAAGCUCUUAAAUCAAUGGAACAAGUGACAGAAACGUUAUCUUGGGAUCCAAAGAACAUUGAAAAUAUCAGUCCCUUAGCAUAUGCUGCACAAGAAGGAGGGGAUGCUGAUAAAGGUUAUAUUGAAGGAAUUGGAGCAGUCAAAAAUAUUGAAAUUGUCAUAACAGAUGGCAAUUACAUGCACAUGUAUACAAUACCGUAUCCUCAACCUGAACCUUGCAACAAUUAUUUUCAGAGAAAUGGAAAUUACUGCGUUGAAAUUGAAAUUAAAGCUGAUCACCAUUUCAAGAUAGUUUUUCCACAGAUGAGUUUACUGUGUAGUUGUAAGAGAGGAAAUGAUACCGUAUCAUGCACUACAGAGCAUAAGUCGGAUAAAUGGAAGGUCACGUUUCAGACUGAAUAUGCUGGGAGCUACACUAUAGAGGCUGUUUUAAAAGUAAAUGGUAAAAAUUGCUGCAAAAAGUUAAAAAAUAUUGAAUUCCCUUAUGAGUCCAUACCUACCAUUCAGGCUGUAAAUUCCAGCACAUUUUCAGUUGAUCCACCUAGCCUGGCUCCACAGCCUAUAAAUACUACUGGGAUUAGUCUGCACAAUCCACAUUACAGUUCAAUCUCAAAGCCAAACACUUUUUCAGCAGUUCCUACAUCAUUUCAACAGCCUACCAUACCAUGUGCUAACAAAGCGUUUGACUUAAUGCCAGCAGAGCCUAGUUCCAGCCCGCCCCGUUGCCUACCUGCAGUUGAGCCUAGUCCCAGCUUGUCCCCUCCCUUACCUGUUGUAUAUGGCAUAGCUUCUGAGCCUAGUUCCAGCCCGCCCCGUUACUUACCUGCAGUUGAGCCUAGUCCCAGCCCACCCCGUUGCUUACCUGUUGUAUAUGGCAUAGCUUCUGAGCCUAGUUCCAGCCCACCCCAUUGCUUACCUGCAGUUGAGCCUAGUCCCAGCUUGUCCCCUCCCUUACCUGUUGUAUAUGGCAUAGCUUCUGAGCCUAGUUCCAGCCCGCCCCGUUGCUUACCUGCAGUUGAGCCUAGUCCCAGCUUGCCCCCUCCCUUACCUGUUGUAUAUGGCAUAGCUUCUGAGCCUAGUUCCAGCCCGCCCCGUUGCCUACCUGCAGUUGAGCCUAGUCCCAGCUUGUCCCCUCCCUUACCUGUUGUAUAUGGCAUAGCUUCUGAGCCUAGUUCCAGCCCACCGCGUUACUUACCUGCAGUUGAGCCUAGUUCCAGCCCACCCCGUUGCUUACCUGCAGUUGAGCCUAGUUCCAGCCCACCCCAUUGCUUACCUGCAGUUGAGCCUAGUCCCAGCUUGUCCCCUCCCUUACCUGUUGUAUAUGGCAUAGCUUCUGAGCCUAGUUCCAGCCCACCCCGUUACUUACCUGCAGUUGAGCCUAGUUCCAGCCCACCCCGUUGCUUACCUGCAGUUGAGCCUAGUCCCAGCUUGCCCCCUCUCUUACCUGUUGUAUAUGGCAUAGCUUCUGAGCCUAGUUCCAGCCCACCCCGUUGCUUACCUGCAGUUGAGCCUAGUCCCAGCUCGCCCCCUCCCUUACCUGUUGUAUAUGGCAUAGCUUCUGAGCCUAGUUCCAGCCCACCCCGUUACUUACCUGCAGUUGAGCCUAGUUCCAGCCCACCCCGUUACUUACCUGCAGUUGAGCCUAGUCCCAGCCUGCCUCAUCCCUUACCUGCAGAGUCUAAAACUAUAGCUACUACUUUCAAAAUAUAUGAUGUGCAAGAGAAAAAAAACGAAAAAAGGAGUAAUGUUCAUAUGAAAUCAGUUGCUGACACUCAACCUCUUCGUUGGCCACUAUACAAUACAGAAAAGAAAAAAAAGGGGAAAUUUCGAUGGUCAUGAUUUGAGACUAAGGAUAUUAGAACUACUCUCUACUUUUAAUCUUUUAUACUAUACUAAUUAUUUAUUAUUAAAAUUAUUUGUUAA